GAUAUUGGUCUUGUGCAACCUGCAGGCAAUCUAAACCUCCUGCUAGCUGCUGCAGUCGCAGGAGUUCAGACUGAUGAUGACGAUGAUGAUAGCAGUAGUGAUGAUGAGGGUGAUCAAGAGUGUCUGACACUUGAUAAAGCCAUGGAGCUCUGGAUGAAACACAAGACACAACAAAACGGUAAGAUUACUCACUUUAUAAUUUGAUACAAAGCAUGGAUAUAUUAACACUGGCCUCCAUCAGAAAAAAAUGGCCACAUAACUUAAGAAAGAUGGACACUCAGUGACAUGGCUGUUCUAACUGCUUGGACUUUCAAUCUGUCAACUGAAUGGUCAGUAGACUGGAGGUACGCUCUUGCAUGAGCUUCUGUAUUGCUUCUUUCACCCUUCUGUAGAAAUGUAUACUCUUAAGUUCCAAAAAGCGUCCCUUUUUUGUGAUGCUAAGAGCAAAAUCUUUUGUGAGAAAAUGCCUUUUUUACUCAAAAACUAAAAUAAAAGCCGGCUCAGAAAUUGUCCCCCCAACGAGAUUUUGCUCAGGCACUUCAUUACUGUAACAGUUUCUUUUCCUUUUUUUUCCCACUUUUUUCAACUAAUUUCCCCUUCUUUUUAGUGGCUAUCUAUGGUAAAAUCAUUGGCUAUCAGUGUUCAGUGUAUCCCUCCAAAUAGCGAUUUUAAGAUCUCAGACGUUAAGCAAAGAACUACUCAGAAUUAUUUUCACAGCAAAUUGAAUUCAAUUCCUUUCCCGGGGGAAGGGGGGAGACGAGGCCCGCCCCAUCUUUGCCUUACUUUACUCUCUUCCCACUCACCGGUUGCAGUCGAAAAACGCAAAGUAAGAGUUGUUUAAUUAUGAAGUUGCGAUCCGUGUUCUUAUUUCAGAAACCUUCUAUUUUUUAGAGAGUAAGUUGUCCAAUGAAGACCAAGCAGAAGUGGAAAGCGACGGUGACGAGUCCAGCGAGGAAUAUGAUUUUCUUGAAAGACGAACCCACGAGUUCUUUCACGAACUCAAAAAAUACGAUAUGACGACAUGGGAGAUGGAAUCAGUGUACAAGCUCAUCUCAAGUCUAACUGAUCUUCACAUUAAAGAGUUUGAUGAUUUCAACAUCACAUUAAGCAUGAUCUUUGGAGAAACUAUUCGGCACUGGCGUCCCGAGCCAUGCCUCACAGCAGAGUUGUUUUUGAGGUAUCUUCAUCUGAUCUAAGAAUCCCUGAAACCCCUCCUAAUAUCAAAUGACAUAUUCUCCCUAACCCUCUCCAUACAUUUCCUGUGGUACUUAUGGGAAGAAUUUGUUUAACAGUCAAGAGCUUCUUGCUGGGUGAUCAUGAAAGGAGGACCUUGUACAUUGCUUUAAAAAUAUGAAAAAAUUUUAUUGACAACAAUGCUAACUAUUAAAAUCCUAUUUACAAUUAAUUCGCUUGAAAAAAAGAAAAACUAUUCAUUCAAAACACUAUUUACAAUUCCUGUCGAUUCAAAAAGCACUUAAUUUAGCUUAGAAAGAGUUAAUUUAACUAAGGAAAAUUUAUUCGAAUUAAAAACAUUUCAUUUCAAUAAAAAAAAAACUGUCAGCCUCUAAAAUUCAGAGGUUUCUUUCAACUGUUUGAAAAAAAUAUGGACCUUGUACAUUUCCUUUUAUUAAAAACUGAACCAUUGGAUAAUGCAAUUCAAGAACUCUGAUUGGCUUAGCCAUCAUGGUAUAUGAGCCAUUAUACUAUGCUCUCCAAAUAUGGUAACUGUACGCGUCUGCUCAAAAUUAAAAACAAGCUGAUAUAGGUUGUUUUUACAAAUAAAGUCGGGAAGAAUUCUUGAUAUUUUGUGGGCGUUUUUAAUAAAACAAUUUUUCCACUUGCGCUUGUUAGAUAUGAGAUGAUUAUAGCCAACUUGGCUACUACCAUCUCAUAUCCAAUGGGCAGUCGUGGAAUAAUUGUUAAUUAAGGGGCCGUGUCACGGCUGUCUCUAUUUCCUUUUGUUAUUAUUGCCAAUCACACUUUCUUAUACCUUAUGGAACUUAACGAUGGCGAAGAAAUUACUUGUACAUGAAAACACUGAUGGAGCUUUAACUUACAUCAAGUUUGCGAAGCAAAUCAUUUGCCACUAGAAAAACAAAACUGAUUUUAAAAGCGUCAACCAUUAUGAAAAUCCAGUUGGUGGAUGAGAAACCGCUCUCCUGGGUAUAAAGCUUAAGUCACAAACUACACUGCACGUUCUUUUAACUCAAAUUCUGUGUGGUAAGAUACGAAAGGAAGAAGGAAUAACGGAAUAGCGGUGAAGGUAAUAGAGGAUAAUGGUCUUCAAACCGUUCAGUUGAUAAACUCGACAUGGUUGUAUACAUCAUCUAAACAUAUUUUUUUUAACAUUGUUAUGAGAAAUAUCUCUAUUUUAUCAAAGCAGAUUUUUUGUUGUUGUUUUAGAAUCUCUGAGAAAGAUGACGCGGACCUUUCAAGCUUGAUUUUAACCCUCUGCAAUGCUCCAUCGAAAGUCAAAUUCCUUGAGAGUCACGUGGCUUCCAUUCUAACAGCCGCACAAAGGAAAUUCCCAAAAGAGUGGAAUCCAGAAGCCAUAGGAAAGCUUCUACAGGAUGUAGAAGAUAAUGGGUUCAAUAUCGACGCCACUGAAGUGUUCCACCGUAUGGGCAAGGAACUUGAUGACCCAGAAGCCCUCGGGAAACUAGUGAGGAAUUACCUUUUGGUAAACGCAGAGAAGGACUCGUUCAGCUGCAGAUGUAAGACCGCUGAAUGCGAGUGCCCGGCUUAUGUGGAUGAAGGAAUUGCUUUUAUUGUGUUUGCUGGAUUGGAGAGGAAGAUGAACUGGAAUGAAGAAAGCAAACUUAAGUUUUUCAGAAUUGCUACUGAUGCAUUAUGGGCACCUGAUGUUUUAACUGAACUGGGUAAUUUUUGUGUGCCUCCCUUUGUUGUACAAAAGUGUUUAAACCGUAAGGUGGCUCGAUAGGGUUUUUCAGGGGCAAUACCUCCCAAGUUUGAGCAUUAAGUACGUCGCCACCAACAAAGAUUUGGAGAAACGAACACCACAACUGUAUCAGAUAAAGAUAAAACUUCGUUAUGAUCAACAAUGUAACAAUGACGUCGGAGUUGUCGUAGAAACGAAAUGAAAACCGCGAGAAGGUUUUUUUUUAUUAAUUUGAGAUUCUCGAGAUUGCUUGAGAUUGCUAACAGUGUAUUAGACAAAAAUGUUAGCUAUUGUUAUCCACAAAAAAAUGAAAUACCUCGGUGGCGAAUUUACCGGGGUCCGUUUCUCCAAUCGCCCGUUAACUUUUCGGGUCCGGAGGCAAUUUUCAGAAAUCAAAACCUUUUGAAUAGUUGCACAGUUCCUAGUUCACAAACCAGUUAAUUAUGCCUCGUUGACUGAAAGCUUGUAUCAUUUUCAAAUGAUUAUUGAAAAGUUAUCGGUUUGUCGGGAUUUUAGAAAAACUCGCCAAGAACUUUUGAAGACUAUAGCUGUACAUACAUAACUCGUUUGUCAUUUGAUUUACACAAUAGGUGAGCUUUUUAACAUCAAAGAUCCCCUGAAAGUCUGUCAUCCCAGAGUCGACAAACGCCUGAACUGCAACGCUAAAGAAUUUGUUAUAUCUGAAGACCAAACUGCUGGCGAUAAAGUGCACAUGAAACCCAACAACAACAACAGCAGGAAGUGUAAAGGAGUGAGAUGCUCAAAUCAACCUAAAAGAGGCUGUGAUUUCGACAUGUGUGGGCGCUGCUGUAAGAAGAUUUCAGAGCCGUGUUCCGUUCAUGAGGAUUUCAGCGUAUUUGAACCGCCAGUUUUUCAUAGAAAUUACAGCUUGAUGAAGAUCGAACCCAAAAGAUUUUUCAGGUUUGUUUUAGAAUCUUUUUACAGCAAUUGUCACACCACCACUUUACUAAACUUAAGUUAAGUCUGCUUGGGGAGUAUUUACUAAAACCAAACCCUCUAGAUUAUCAUAAUAUAGGAUCUCAUCCAUCCAUCUCACCUCAUUUUUUUACAUAUCAAUAAUUGACCAUAAAAAGUAAAAGUGUUAUUAUUAUUAUUAUUAUUAUUAUUAUUAUUAUUAUUAUUAUUAUUAUUAUUAUUAUUAUUAUUAUUUCUCUUUACUCUUCAUUUUGAACAAAUAAACCAACUCGAAGUUAUUAAUUUAAUUCCUUGGUUUAAAACAUGUAUCUUCCUUUUACAGCUCCAGAGCCGAUUUGGAUAACAUCUUAAGUCUGCCCACGCCCUUCAAAAGCGUAACAUUUGGUUCAGAUUUCUCAGUACGCGAUGAUGACGUCAUCAAAGUGGUAGACCUAUGCAAGGGCAUUCUGGUAGUCCUUGAACUCGGUUCUUCAAACACAGGUGCUGGCGUGUGGCUGUCAGAUACGGCCGUCCACCACAUUGCUGACAACUGUCCUAACCUGCGUAAACUCCGUUUGGAAUCAGUCACUGGAGUGACAGACGCCGCCGUGAGUGACGUCAUGAUGAAGUGCCCGCUGCUGGAAGAACUUGAGGUCAGCGGCCAUGAUCGUAGCUCCGGAUCUCUGACCGAUGAAUGUAUUAAGCGCUUGUUUGAUUUGAGUGUGUUACCCAAGCUGAAGGGUUUGAUCAUCACUGAUCAACUGCGCGUGCGCCAUGAUGUCGUGUACCGUCUGCGCAGGCGUAGACCUAAUUUAAAGAUUAUCGCGGGUGAGACGGAUAGCGAUAGUUUUGCGCACUCGAUGGUGCUAUCCAUGUGUGGAUUGGAUUAUGGUGAUGGACUGUACUAG